AAGAUAACAAAUUUGGUGAAAAAAUGUUUUAGUGGGUUGUUACAGGAAAUGUGAAAGCGUCAAAAUAUUUAAAUAUUAUUUUAUCUAAAUGUUGUGAUUUAGAAGCAUUAAUUUGUUGCUUUUUUCAAAAAAAAUGGUAAAGCACAGCAAAUAAAUUAAAUGGUAUUUAACCUAAACCACUUACUUUGAGGGGCUGAGAUUAAAGAGAUAUUUUAUACUUUCGCAACAUGUUGCAACAGAGUUCUUGCUGUUGCGGCAGAAAACAACCUUAUGUAGUUUUAAGGAAUGAUGACGAAUUGACAGUUCUUGGCCGGAUAAAAAUCCAGGUCCGUUCAGAUUACUUAGGCCCGACUGUAUACCAAAAAUAGACCUUAUUUAUUUCAAUUCAACUGAGUGGAAUGGAAAACUGUAAUAGGGGUAUAAACAUAGGUCUAUGUAGCAAAUAGAAUAGGUAAUUAAACAAUUUUAUACAGUAAGUAAAAAACAAAAUACUCUUCGUUGUUUUCGACACAAAUAUUUGGUAUAUGUAAAAAAUAUAAAACAAAUUUCCAAAUAAAGAGAUUUGCGAACGGCUCAAGAUAAAAAUAAAAGUUUCCCAAAUUAUUUAUCGAUAAAAUCAUAUAGAUAUUUCUUAAAUUGUGAUAUGCCCUUCAAAACUAAAGCGAAAUGUUGACAACUCUCGUUUUUUACAUGUUUUGCCAAUCAACGUUCGUUAUUUUAAUUGGAAAUUAGCAUGAAAAGUAAAUCCACAGAACUAAAAUUAUAAUAAAGUAGUAUAAAAUAUGAAUUGUCAAGCAAAGCGAGGAAAGUUGAAUGUGAAUGGGCCAUAAUUUUGAGACGUCACACUAGAAACAGUUUGGCAACCCUAUAUAACUGAUUGUUGGAUUGUUUUCAGAUAUUUAUCCCUGGUUUUAUUUAUAUUUAAUAGCCAUUGUUAGAGAUAAUAUUUAUUGUAGUAAGAUAUUAAAAUGUUUAAUGAAACAUGUUGUUUACUUUGCUUAGAAAGUUCAAAGGAUCAAAUAGAUUUGGACUCCAAAGAAGGUAUCGAUUUGAAUGGACGAGAAGUGAUUGAAUUGCAUUUUAAGGAGGAGCUGGAUUUGAUGUCUCAAUUUGAAAUGAAAAUCAUUUGUCGAAAGUGUUGGAACUUAGUAGAAACAUUUCAUAAAUUUUAUAAAAAUGUGAAGCAACUGCACAAUGACGCAGUGUACUCUUUGAAAAGCGUGACUUUCGAAGCGGAUAGCUUAGAAAUAAAAGAAGAGAUCAUGUCUAAUGAUGACACACAAGUUGAACCACUUACGGAAUAUGAAAUUAAAGUUGAAGAAUGUAUAUUACCAUCUGAGAUUGUUUCUGAAGCAUUAGUGGUUACAGAUGAGACUUUACUUGAAGAAAGCAUUCAGAACUCUAUAUCAUCAUACGCUUAUAGUUUAGACUUAGAAGAAUUAAAGAGGGAGAAUGAAGAAGAUAAACACUCAAAAAUAAAGUCUCAUAAAAUACAUAAAAGAAAAGGCGUUAAUAAAAAAACGGAGGAAUUAGAUGAAUAUAUUGCAAAGAAAAAUUUUAAAUUUACGUGUUGUAUUUGUAAAAGUCCAUUAGAAAACUUUACACAUUUGAAAAGCCAUUUCCAUGUAGCGCAUCAAACAAGUGGUUAUGUGCUUUGUUGUGGUAAAAAAUUACAUCAACGCGGUUUAUUAAUUGAUCAUAUUAAUUUUCAUGAAGAUCCCGACUAUUUCAAAUGUAAACAUUGCGGAAAGCGAAUGACGGAACGACGUAGCAUCGAUCUUCAUCUUCAGUAUGCGCAUGGCGAUCGGGAACGUGUAUCUUAUUUGAAACAGCAUUAUAAUAUUCAUGUUGCAGAAGAUCAAAAAACAGAAGUGUACUUAGAAUCUGGUAAAACAGAAGAACAACUUAAAGAGCUAAGAAGAAGAAGAAAUCGUGAACGCCAAAGGGCAUAUUACCACCGUCAGAAAGAAUUGAAGAAAAAUGAAAAAAAAAAAAUAAAAAUAAAAAAGGAAACAGUACCAAAAUCAAAUGCUGAACGUCAAAGACAAUUUCGUCAACGAAAAGAGAAAAAUUGGACAGUAAUGAAAAUAAUGUCGUGCAAUGUAGUGCUGUUGAAAAUAUAGAAAAAGUAACGCUACAAGAAAAUGAAUUUCACAGCAACCACUUCAAAUUUAUGACCAGCGUAAUCAAUGCAUUACUCCCAAAGUUAUUCUACACAGGACACAGAUAUUCCUGGCGAUGGUAAUUGUCUAUUCCACUCGCUCAUAAGUGUUUUGCAACUUUAAAUGGAGACUUGUGACUUGAGAAAUUAAUUCGCGAUUCAACCUAUUUAAACUCCUGCCACAAUCCGCAAGAAGCAUAUAACAUUCUAUCAAGCACUAAUGAUUACGGAGAUUUGGAUUGUUUGUACUUAUUUUCAAAAAAUAUACAAUCAAAAUUUUUUGUACUUUAUUGUUUUUACAACAUAACUACA